AUGGCUGAAUGGUCUGUUUGUGCAGGCGGAUAUCCAUCACCCCUGAACUAUCAUUUCUUCCCAAAGUCGUGUUGCACGUCAAUUAAUGAGGUUAUUUGCCAUGGAAUUCCAGAUGCCAGGAGACUCGAGGAUGGGGACAUUGUAAAUGUUGAUGUAACAGUCUACUAUAACGGUGUUCAUGGUGAUCUCAACGAGACAUAUAUUGUUGGGAAAACAGAUGAAGCUUCUCAACAACUGAUUCAAUGUACAUACGAGUGCUUGGAGAAAGCAAUAUCUAUAGUUAAACCAGGAGUACGAUUUCGUGAAAUUGGGGAAGUUAUCAAUCGGCAUGCAUUGAUGUCAGGGUUCUCAGUGGUGAAAUCUUACUGUGGUCAUGGCAUUGGGGAGCUUUUUCAUUGUGCUCCGAACAUUCCCCACUACGGAAAGAAUAAAGCAGUUGGGGUGAUGAAAGCAGGGCAAAUCUUUACAAUUGAGCCAAUGAUAAAUGCAG